GAUUUAUUUGGCUUUGUGUCUUCACUGAUGCAGUUGAAUCUGAAAACCACCGAAGGCAGCAUGAUAUCUACAGAAUGAGAUGGUGUAGGAGGUUGGAGGUUUGCAUCUGAUCAGAUAGGUACAAUGAUGGAAUCUGGACAUGGGAGUGGGAGUAAAAAGCAUUUGAAGACAUAUACUGAGGCUACAGCUGCCCUAGAUGAAAAUGCAAACUCACCUUCUUCAUCUUCCUCAUCACACACUUCAUUGGAUGAUUUCUUUCGUGCGGAUGGAAGCCAUGGUGCCAAACUUGAUGAGGAUGCUCUGUUAUCUUCAAAGGAUGUUUCUAGUGACCGAUCUCCAAAAUCUCUGGAGUUUUCUGAUCGGGGGUCACAAAGCGAUUCAUUCCCAAUGGAAGUUACUAUUAUUUCUCCAAAUUCAAGCUCGGAUGGUUUGUCAAUAACACAAUCCCCUCAAAUCCAAGUGAUGGGUAGAUCUGAAGAACCUGAUCCAUAUAGAAUUCCAUCUUCUGUGUUUGCAAGAAGCAAGUCCACGACUCCAAUGGAAUGGAGUGUUGCUUCCAAUGAGUCAUUGUUCAGCAUCCAUGUUGGAAAUAAUAGUUUCUCUAGAGACCAUAUUUUUCUGAUGGGUAGGUCUGGAGAGCUGGGGACAUCGGGAGAGUCGGUGAACUUUCCAAACUUUCCAGUUAGCCCACCUCCAGUUAAUUCUGAAGUGGAUGCAAAAAAGAGCAUUGAAUUGGGGGGAAACUUAGCUGUAACUGAAGCAGCUGCUGAAACCGUGAAGGAGGUUCUGAGGGCAGCUACAGAAGAUUGCAAUAGACAGAAGAAGCCUCCUGCUGAUGGGGUUCGUCAUUCCUCUAGCCAUUCACACCGAUCUGAUGGGAGUGGAGUCAGCAUCAGUUCUUUUGCAUUUCCAAUAAAGAAGAGGUGUGCAUGGCCAUUCUGCUACUGUACAUGGCCACUCUGCUACCGUUGUAACUGUAGUUGGGCGUUCUGCUACUAUACGUGGGCGUUCUGCUACUGUUGUAACUGUAGUCGGGGUUGCUGCCACUGUUGUAAAUGUAGUUGGACUUGCUUCAACUGUUGUAAAUGUAUUCGGACUUGCUGCAACUGUUGUAAAUGUAUUCGGGCUUGCUUCUACUGUUGUAACUGUAAACGAGUCAACUCCUGUUCUUCCACUUUGACAGAAGGAGGAAGAAGUAGUGACUCCGUGAAGGCAGACUCUGAGCAGCAACCACAAAAACAGUCACAGUCAGAGUCACAGACACAGCCACAAGCCCCAGGGUCGACACCAAAUGCAGCAGGGGGCAAGUGGUUUCCUUGCUUCUCUUGUUGCCCAUUCUGUUGUUGAGAGAGUGAGUGUUUUAAAGAUUCUCAUUUGCUCCCCAUAAAUGAAUAUCCUGAGUAGCUUCACCCCCUUACCCACAAGCCUGUUUCAUAUUCCUGUAGGUUUUUAGUGCUGUCAAAUUGGAGCUCUCAAGUGUGAAGGCUUGUAGCUGUGGUU